GCCAUCUCACGGAUUAAUUUGAUCUGUCAAGGUGAUAGGGGACACUGUUUCCCUUGUUUGCUUUCUUAUUGGGGAAGAAAGCGUAAUGGUUAUGGUCCUAUCAGAGAUUUGACGUAAUUUGGCCAGUCUUCGCCAUGGAUAUCGGCCACGAAGAAAGUCGUUUACCUCUUUUGAACGAUUCACCAUCAAAUACAACCGUUGCUGCCAUAUUCUGUUCGCGGAAUCCACUGAAAAAUUCUGACGAAAUUGCUACAUCUCCAACACAAUGUUGCGUCCAACACGAGCUCAAAUCUAGCACUAAACAGUCGUCUUCCGUUUCCGAAAACCUUUGCAUUGAUGAUCUCAAAAAACUACAAGAAUGGCUUCUUGUGCAAAUCUACAACACUUCCAACACUCUAGUUGGAUUGCUUCAAGAAAGACAGCAGCUGAGUGAAGAAGCACAUGUUCGAUUAAUUAGCAUAGAGCAACUACACAGGCUUCUUGAGGCCAGGUGUUUUUAUCGUGGUCUUUCCACUGGACUAUUUUCUUAAUAUUUUACACUUCCUUUGUCUGGUGAUAUUCAAGUCUUCUGCUUAAUUAUUGAUUAUUGUGUACAUUUACGUAAAAUGUCUUGUAACUUUCAACAAUAUUUGAACCAAAGCUUGUCAAUUGUCAAUCAUUUAAGAGAAAUAAACAACUAGUCAGUAACAUU